AUUUAAUACUAUCGUGCCCUUGUGUCAUUUUUCUAAAUCCAGGUGAGAAAUAGGUGGUAAUUAAGAUCGGGUUUGUACUGUUGUUGUUCCAUGAUAAACGUCAGAAGCCAUAUUUUGGAGUAGUGUAUAGACUGCGCUAUGUAUGUAUUUGAUUACUGCUGUAGUGUCUUCAGUGAAAUUGCAUUAGAUUUAUUUUAAAGAAAAAGAUGUCUUAUAUCGAAGGUGUAGGAGAUGAAGUCACAGACUUCUUCAUUAUAGUGGGUGUUCUGUUAGUGGGAUGGUUAGCAUGGCGGUCUACAAAUAUUGCUGAUCAACCAUUGAUACGCACAGUACUUAUUCUGCAACAUCGUACACGCACACGUAUUGCUGAAUUGAGAGCUAAUCAUCAAUCUGUGGAUUCAUCAAGUCGACCACCUAAUUUAGAAUCAUCUUUGGAUGAGUCAGCAGUAUCAAACGCAAAUGAUAAUAAUACAAUGGAAAUACAAUGUCCUAUGCCAUCAUCAGUUACAGCUACAGAGAACAUGCCAAUACAAUCUGACACAACUGCAACAGCAGCCACAUCAGAAGAUGUUCUCAUUGAAGCAAUGGACUCAUUCAAUAAUGAAGACUCUGGCUUAAGGCAUAGAACACCCAAGAUAACUACUUCAGAAACUACAACAAAUAUAACAGAAGCAGCAUCGACUAUAACAGAAUGCACGAACGAGGAAUCAUCAUCGAUAGAUGGAAAUCAAAUCAGUAUAAAACUAAAAUUUAUCAAUGAGGAUCAAAAAAUGGUAACAGGAAGCCUUAAGGAAUUACUUGGUGACUUUAAGAGGAGACAUUUUCAAAUAGAAUUAGAGUCUCAGAAGUUAGUACGACUAGUUUUUAAUGGACAAGUACUACAGCCAGAUAGUCAAACGUUAGAACGUUGUGGCUUGUACAAUAAUUGUGUGGUCCACUGUCUGGUACAUCAACCACGUCCAGCAUCAAUACCACCUUCUCAAACUACGUCAUCGGAGAACUCAUCCCCAUUGUAUUUUAAUCCUCAACCAUUCCAAGAUAUACCAGCAGGAGCUGGUCUAAGUGUAGUGCGUGCUGAAUGGGACCUCAGCAGAUUAUUAGUUAGUAUUUUAACCCUUAUCUUAGGUCUCGCCUGGUAUUCGCGUUAUCAUUACGCCCAAUUGUUCACUGCAACAACAACGCUCGCACUUUACGGACUCACUGCAAUAUUCACAGUUUCUCUAUUUGGCCAUUUCUUCCCUGAUCGAGACAGUAUCAGGAAUCUCGAAUAAAUAUCCUGCGGACCUCGCAUGUUCCUUGCCCUUUUUUCGUUAAGGUUUUGUUGGAUAAACACGACCAUCUUAUCACACUUCGCAUAAUCUCAAUAGACAAUGUAGCUCUAUAAGUUUUUAAAAGCAAGUGUGUGAUUAAUACGUAUUUUUAAAAAAACGGGUAUCAUCUAGCACCUCAAUUCGUUAGCACGGAUGAACCUAACGACCUGGUCGCGUAUGCGAGAACGAGGGUCUCACUAAAGUCUUUAUGAAAGAAUUUUUCUUCCUUGUUCUCCGUGAAAAAGUUGCGUAACGUGGUGAGAUUUGUAAUUACCAAUUCGAUAUGCGUCUGGAUUUUCAUGUAUUGAUUAAAAGAACAAAAUAAGUCAGUCCUAGAUUAACGAAUGGAAGGAAGAAAUGAUAAUAUUUAAUGUUACGAAACAGAUUGAAUUGCAAUUUAUGUUAACGCAAUAAUUUUUUUUUUGGAGCAUCAUAAAACUACCAAAAAUACUUUAUUUCUCGCAUCAUCGAAGGGUUUGAAUGAUAUUAAAAGUCAUAUGCUAAUUGGAUAACGGUGUACGUGAUAUUUUUCUUUUCUUUUAAAUAAAUAAGUUCUAUCAAGAAAAUUACAAGAAGAGCGACCUGUUCUCUUAACCCGCGAGAAGGUGUGUUAUGAUCUUUUCUAUCACGCGACUCGAUUCAACCUAUAAAAUGAUGCAUUCGCAGGUUAGUAAUCCAGGAUGACUGUGGAACGAAAUUGAUCGUAAAAAAUUGAGUAGCUAAGGCUCUGCAAAAUGAAACCCGUUGCAGAGUAAUCACUGCUUGCAAGAACAUUUACGAGGUCAAUAUUUUAAAAAUGUGUUAUCAUAUGUCAGAUUUUAUGAUUAAGUGCACUGUCAUUGACUGGGCCAAAAAUCUAAUGACAUUUCAUGUUAGAAGUCUUAUUCGAGGUAUCAUGUAAAAAGAAAUAAGGGCCACAUUUACAAAUAUCUUUGUAAUACGAUUUAUCAUUAUUCUCUUUUGUUGUAAAUUGUAAUUAACUAUUACGUUGUAAUUAUUUUAUGCAUUACGAAUAAAUGUCUAUUUAUUUGA